UGUUCACCGACGGUCCAAGGCUCAGUGUUACGACCAACCUGUACCCGUUUGCGUUUGCGAGAGCUCCGGACAAGGAUUCUGCUUCUCGCCUGUGUUUGUGUGUGCUUGAGCGAAGUGACAACCAUUUGCAACCAUGAAACCUGCCUUCCUGCUAGUGUCGGGCUUUAUUGUGCUAAUACUGGUGCUAGUGAUACCGGAAACGUACGGUAAUGUGCAUGAUUUCGAUGGAAAUGAGCUGCAUACGCCGCCGUACGAUCGACGCCGUCCGGUGGGCAGCAAGGAGCAAGUCCCGGCAGGACGCGGAUUUACGGACAGUGCGCGAGAUAUACUGGCGAGUCCGGCUGGGCAGUUGGCUGCGUACGUUGCGAAGGAGAUGAUCAGUCGAUCGGCAGGCAAUAGCCAGGUGCUCAGCUUGAACUUGACGAACCUCUUGAUUCUGUUUCUGCUGAAGGCGCUCAUCUUCGCCGCCGGUUUGAUCGGUGCCGGGAACUGGAGCCAGUACGCCCGGGGCCGCAGUGAAGAAGGUGCUGCCGGUGGAGGAUUUUUACUGCCGGGCGAGGCGAACCUCAUCUUGGGCUAUCUGGCCGCGGAAGGUUCCGGCCAGGACGGGUGUCUGAUGCGGUCCGCCUGCCGUGCACCACGGACGGCCGAUGAGUACGCCCGGGCGGCACACGCCCUCAUGAAGGGUGCGGAAAUGUUUAGCCCGGAAAUAGCGGACAACUACAACUACAAGCGGCUGCUGACGAGCCUGGACCGGGCGGCAAUGGAAGGAUUGCAGGGUGCGCCGUGUGAAAUGAUCUACGCCUGUCAUAUCUGAGAUCGGGUCCAAAUGCUUCCGUUGGUUGGUAGUGUGCAGUAACAAGAAAUGCAGUCGUUGCAUUUUAGUUCUACAGUUAGUGUGAAGAACGACAAUAAAAAUAUUCACCCAGUUUUAGUACUUCCGUAGGCAAGUGUCAUAUUAUUAUUGACCACUUACAUGGGACAUUGCACAUAGUCUACAUCAAGAUUAUAGCAUCUUUAUGUUUUGCUAUAAAAUCGGAAGCAUUUUGAAGGAAUAAAUUAAUUCACCCCAAAUCUACUGGAGAGCUUUCAAA